GUUCACUGAGUACGGUGAUCGCAAAGUCCUGCCUGUAGUACACAUACCGUGCUGUCUUUCUUACAGGGGUGUAGUAGUCUGGGGUCGCCGACUCUCCCGCAGUCAUGGGCAGCUUACAGGAAAUGCGAAAGGUAUUGCAGCAAAAGAAUGAUACAAUAAGUAAGUUAGAAAAACAACUUAAGCUGAAAGAUGACGAAUUGGCAGAACUUCGGACUAAACUGGAUAAAUUUAAGUCGAUUUUACCUGCUACUCAACCGAUGCCGGGGAUACAUGGCGCCGAGCGUAAACGUAUACGUGGGACAGGUAUCUCCGCCGAGCCACAAGCCUUGAAAUCGGUAAAAGAAAUCACCCAACAACAAGUCAAGAAAUACCCGAAAGGACGCAGCGCACAAGCAUGUAUCAAAACAGCUAUCGAAGACAAUGACUUCAUGAAGAAUCUAGAGCGAUCACAGAUACAAGAAAUAGUGGACUGCAUGUACCCUGUAGAGCACACCAAAGAAAGCUGUAUAAUUAAAGAAGGAGAUGUAGGAUCCUUAGUAUACGUUAUUGAAGGGGGUAAAGUAGAAGUUACAAAAGAGGGUAAAUUUCUCUGUUUCAUGGGUCCAGGCAAAGUAUUUGGUGAACUAGCUAUUCUUUAUAAUUGCACAAGAACUGCUACUGUCAAAGCUAGCACAAACACAAAAUUAUGGGCUAUAGACAGACCGUGCUUCCAAGCUAUUAUGAUGAAAACUGGACUGUUGCGACUAGAAGAAUUUGUGGCUCUUCUCAAAAAUGUGCCAACAUUUAAAACACUUCCUGAAGAAGGCCUCAAUAAAAUAGCAGAUGUUUUAGAAGAAACAUAUUAUGAUGAUGGUGAAUGUAUAGUACGACAAGGGGCAAGUGGAGAUACCUUCUAUAUCAUCAGCAGAGGAAAGUGCCAAGUUACACAAAGGAGUUCCUCAAAUUCAAAUGCAAAAGUUAUACGGACACUCAGGAGAGGAGAUUACUUUGGUGAAAAAGCACUCAGUGGAGAAGAUAUACGAAAUGCCAAUGUCAUUGCCGCUGAUAAGGGAGGCGUCAACUGUCUUGUACUGGACAGGGAAUCCUUUGCUCAAAUUGCCGGCACUGAUGCCAAACCUGGUCCAAAACCAGAUCAAGAUGGUUCCAGUAUUGUAAUUGAGUCGGAGUUUGCAGAUCUUAAAAUUGAUGAUCUUAAAAACGUGGCAACUCUGGGAGUUGGUGGCUUUGGUCGAGUAGAACUAGUUAAUAUUGGUAAUGAUACAUCAAGAACUUUCGCACUUAAGCAACUAAAGAAGAAGCACAUUGUAGAAACCCGGCAACAGGAACAUAUAAUGUCAGAAAAAAGGAUUAUGUCAGAGGCAAGAUGUGAAUUCAUAGUUAGAUGUUAUAGGACUUUCAAAAACACUAAGUUUUUGUAUAUGCUUCUUGAAGUAUGUCUCGGAGGUGAAUUGUGGACAAUUCUACGAGACAAAGGAUCCUUUGACGAUAACACAACCAGAUUUUACACUGCUUGCUGUUUAGAAGCAUUAGCUUAUCUUCAUGCUAAAGGAAUCGUUUACAGAGAUCUUAAACCUGAGAAUAUUCUCCUAGAUAACAAAGGCUAUGCCAAAUUGGUGGAUUUUGGUUUUGCUAAGAAAAUAGGUUUUGGGCGCAAAACUUGGACAUUUUGUGGAACGCCUGAAUAUGUUGCUCCUGAAAUUAUUCUUAAUAAAGGUCAUGACCUUUCUGCUGACUACUGGUCCCUAGGAAUUCUCAUGUAUGAAUUGCUGACUGGAAGUCCUCCUUUCUCUGGUGCUGACCCUAUGAAGACUUACAACCUUAUACUCAAGGGAAUGGAUAUGGUGGAAUUUCCUCGCAAAAUGACAAAAAAUGCUAUUAUUAUGAUUAAAAGGCUGUGCAGAGAUAAUCCAACAGAAAGAUUAGGUUACCAGAAGAAUGGAAUUAAAGACAUUCAGAAGCAUAAGUGGUUUGAAGGAUUUAACUGGGAUGGACUACGUAAAAGAACAAUGACACCACCAAUUCUACCCACAGUUCGAAGUCCUAAUGACACAAGCAAUUUUGAUGACUAUCCAGUAGACGAUGAACCAGUGCCACCCGACGAUUUGACAGGAUGGGACAAAGAUUUCUAGGUUUCCAUGGCAACAUCAUAGUAGAAAUGGUUACUGAAAUAUCUCUGGGAUAUUGCCUUUGUUGCCAGGAUAGAAUAUUCUGUAAAAACAAAAGUAACACCUAGAAUAGUCUGUAGAGGUCUCCCUAUAUUAGCAUCUGUACAGAAGACAAUAUUCCAGUUGCUGUUUAAAACAAACAAAUAAGUCAUGCUGAUUGUACAUAAAAUUUUAACAGUUCAAAAAUGGAUGUAAGGAUUUAAAAAUGAUGAUUAUAAAAUAUGUUCAUUCCAAAGAAGUGUUUAUUUGCAACUUUUUUAGGUUUGUUGCCUAGCAACUUGGGAUGCAGUCAAUGGGCAAGGAUUUCUCAUUCCGUAAAUGUGAUAAGCUUUAAUGAUGUGUCCACACAUUUUAACAUUUAAUUGCUUUAGAAAUGAAUCAGGUUGCAAAUAAAUAAGUUUUAAGUCAUGCCCAUUAUAUUUUUAAACAGUAAUUUUCCAUAUAAAUAAAUCUCACAAACUGUUUAACCAACCUAAUUUUAUUACUUCGUUGAUAAUCCUUUUCAAUAAAAAAGGUGCAUCAAGUAUGCAAGAACUUCUUAUUUACCCAGAAUGCAUCAUACCUUAGAUGCAUUUGCAUGUUUUCACCCAGAAUGCAUUGCACCUGAGAUGGACAUACUUGUAGUAUUGUAUUUGCUUAUUUAGGGUAAAUCAUAUUGAAAUAAAUUUGUCAUAAUCCAAAAUACUGAACUAAUAUAUUGAUAAGCCUUCCUGUAAUUGAUGUCACCAUUGUUUAAUGUCUGGUUAAACUUCUUGUCUUUUGCUUGUCUUGAAUGUUCAACAUUGACACUUUGUUGAAUACUGCUAUAUUUUUUUGUUUUAUAGUGGGGGCAAUUCGCAUUUUUUUUUAAUUUCAGAAUAGAGAGAAUUUUAAUAAGCUAUAUUCUAUGGUGUUCUGUAUGUUGAAUAGACUGUAUGUUAACAUAGAAAAGCAACAGUAUGUUGUUUUUCCAAUGGUGUCGGCAGAAUUCAAUGCUGUAAAUAUUAGAAAUAAUGAAUUAUUGGGUUCAUAUAUUUUAUGCCACACUGUACGUUAGUAGUAUAAGUCAGAUGAUGUUAUUUGAAUAGAGUAUUCAUCCAAAGGGGUUCCCAGCUGACAACAAUUCCUACCACUGACCUGCCAUUUUGAAUAUAUUUGCACGCUUAAAUUUUUGUUGUUGAAUGCAAGGUGCAAGAUUGAGUUCUGAUCAAAAUAUGUGUAAACACUGAUUUUUGUUUGUUUGUCUUUUGUUAACACAAAAUCUGCUGAAAGCGUCCAUAGAAAUGACAGCCAUAUGACAACUUCAGCAGAAGAUGUGCAAGACCACACAAUUUGGCAUGUGGAAAUUAAUUUUAUUCAUAACAAAGCAAUUUUUAUUUUUAAAAUCUAUCACUGUUUUAUCUGUUACUGCCAACUUCAGAAACUGGCACUAUUUUUUUUUUAUUUCAAUUUUUUUGCUGAAGUAAUGUAAUUAUUGAAAACUAAUCACAAUCGGUAAAAGUUUUAUUCUUUGGUGUUUAUGUCAUCGCAGCAUUUCAAUGAAACUUGGUACAAAUAUUUGAUUUCCAAGUUCAGAAAUCAGUGAAUAUUUAGGGUAACAGUUGAAUUUUCAAAUGUCCACCCCCAUAAAAAAUGAAUGGUUCUGCCUAACAAUUGUCUUAAUGAACCAAUCUAUCACUGACAGGGGUGGGGUAUCAAAUAGAGGGGUUCAACAAUGUGUGGAAUGGUUUUUGGUUGAUUCAGUCGAGAAACAAGAUUGUCUUCUUUUUAAUUAGCAAUAAAGACAAGAAUGGACUUUGUAAAAAAAA